CGCUGGUACUGCCGUUGGAUCCCCGCCGCCUCCCCGCCACCGCCGCGUCCCCGCCACCGCCGCCAUGGAGACCAUGACCUUCCCCCGCUACAGCCCCGACGACAUCAUCAGCUACCUCCGCUCGCACAUCCUGGAGGGCGCCGAGGCCCGCAACCUGGUCAAGGGCGACGUGUUCGGCAACCCCAGGCUGGAAGUUUUACACCUGAUUUACCUGAGAAUCCUGCAGAAAGUGUGUGGGAUCCGACUGGAGCACGCCUACAUGAUGCCCCUCAACGUUGACAUAAUGUACCCACAGAUCCAUGAAGGCUUUCUACCUGUCUGUAACUUGUAUAUUCACAUGGAGCGCUUGCUGCCCAUGUGCCGGAUCAGUGACUUCCAAAUCGCUGAUGUUUUAAACCCAAAGACCAAGAGGACAGUUCGCUUCUUCAGUGGCAUCCUCAACUUUGUGAACUUCAGGGAAUUCCGGCGUGAGGUCUACUUGGAGCUCCAACAGAGCUAUAAAUUAGCUAUGGAGAAAAACCAACACCUGGAGGCUGUGAAUCGGGAGGCAGCACUGAAGCUGGAGAAACUGAACACAGUCCCAGUUGAACAUGAGGCAGAGAUCAAGCAGCUCACAGAGAACAUUCGGGAGCUGGAGCAGCUGCUGAGGCAGGACUAUCGUCGGAAACAAACGGCUUUGCAAGAGGUGACUUCUCAAAAAAAGGCAGAUAUUGCUGAGAGAACCCAAAAACUGAAUGAGUAUAAAGUGUCUCUGGCUACUUUGAAAGAAGAACAAGAGCAGCUGAAAUCCAAAAUUGUGGAGAGUCCAGAAGAACGGAAAAGUUACAACGAGAUGAUGAAAGAGACUAUUAAGAAAUUGAAGAGAUCUAAGCAAGAAGUUACUGAGAAAUAUGAAGGUUAUAGAGAUGUAGUUGAGGUUCUGCCAUCAUGCCAAGUGGAAUUGCAGUUAUACCAAAAGAAGAUGGAAAUACAGGGAGAAAAUGUGGAGAGACUGGCCAGUGUGUCAUCAGAGGCCAGAAAUCUGGAAGACCAACUUGAGAGCUCUCAGGUAGAGCUGAAAAAGGCCAAGACAGAUGAAAUGUCCCUGAAGAGAGUGGUGACUGCAAAACAUGAGAAGCUUGCUACAGCUGAGAUCCAGCUAAAAAAGAUGCAUGAAGAUAUUGAGCAGCACAAAUGCACCGUGCUCGAACAUUUUAACAAAGUCCAGGAGAAGAGGGGUGCUGUGUAUGACAAAGUUAUGGCCAUUCGCAAGGAAAUCAAACAGAAGAAGGGCAAAAUUGAGCAACUGAAGGAUGAUGCUGAAGAAAAAGCAGCAAAAGCCAAGGAAAUACACCUAAUUUUGAAAGCUGUAUUGGACAAGUGUCAUGAAUCUCUCCUUAAGGCAGUAAAGACUUCUGCAGCCUCGAGAGCAGAAAAAAUUGAUGAAAUAAGAGAAGGGCUGUUCAGCAUUCAAUCUUCUGUAAAUGCUUCUUAAGCCUGUCUGAACUUGUAUUCUACUUUCAUUGUGUUUGUGCUCAUACCUGAACUCAAGAGCUCCUGCUUUGCAUGGGAGGGAAAAUAAUUCCAGGCAAAUCCAGCUUUCUCCAAAACCAUGUCAGAACAUGAUUAGCUUUCCAGGCUGAUCCUGAUGUCAUGGAGAUAAGAAAACACUCAGUUUCUGGUGUUUCAGUCUGCACCUGGUCUUAGUGGUAAUAUUGCAAGUCUUGCUGUCACCAAAUGCUCAACAUUUUAGACAGAACCUUGCAUUUGUAGAAACUGUUCUGCAGACUUUGAUCUGGGAGCCCCUGGUGCCUUGGUCUGGCUUGAAUGUCCAAGAUAAGUCAGUAACAGGUGAUGCUCCACCACUGUUAUGCAAUUAAGAUGAAAUCCUGACAGAGCAGUAGCAUCCAUCUAAAUGCCAAGUUACUCUCAUCAUAAAUAUUUGGAACUGUAAACACUCAGAAGUAUCAUUUUAAUAUCAUUUUAGUUAACAGUACACUCCCUCUCAAUGCUUGAACUCAUCGUGUCUGCUUGGUGGGGUAUUGAACCCUCAUCUGUGUUCAUCAGUCUGUGUUAGGAUGUCUUAAAUAUAGACUAAUGUUUUGUACCUUAACUUGUGAGUGGUUUUCAUUAUUUGGAAAAAAUAAAAUGUUAAUUUUUACACUAGUAAAAAUAUUUUUAUGUAAAAGA